GACUUUACACAUAGACUGUACAAUGGCUUUGGCUGAACCAAAGCUGUGGACGCUACUCCAGCAAAAAUGCACUAGUGUCCAAUGGAGUCUCUGCACUCAGCUGUAAAUCAUAUCUUAUGAUACACAAGUGAUGACCGUCGGAAAACAGACUUAAACAAUGGAAGGAAUGCUUUAUAAAUGGACGAAUUACAUAAGUGGUUGGCAGCCUCGCUGGUUUGUGCUUGAAGGAGGAACUCUGUCCUACUAUGACUCCCAAGAGGAUGCCUGGAAAGGAUGCAAAGGCAGCAUAAAAAUUUCUGUUUGUGAAAUUCUAGUUCAUUCCACAGACUCCACACGAGUUGACCUGACUAUACCUGGAGAGCAGUACUUUUACUUGCGUGCUCUUAAUGCAGCAGAAAGGCAAAAAUGGCUGGUGGCACUGGGAACAGCAAAAGCUUGCCUUACAGAUAACCGAACAAAGAGAGAAAAGGAGCUGCAGGAGAAUACAGAGGCACUGAAAACUAAGAUGUCAGAACUCCGGCUAUACUGUGACCUGUUACUGCAACAAGUAAACAAAAUCAAGGACAGUGAUGAUCUUGGGAAUCCAGCUGAGACUGGCCUGGACACGGGAGACAUGGUUAAAUCUACUUGCUCAACAUUUUUGAAGACAUUAGAAGAGUGCAUGCAGAUAGCAAACCGUACUUUCAACACAGAUAUGGCCACACAAAGCCCACCAGGAUCUCCUCCAGUAGCAGCUAUUAAACCACAGAAGAUUAGACCCAUCAAUCAUUUAAAGCAAAACCUAGGAGAUAAAUGGAGAGAUCUGCCAGAAUCUCCAGGAGGAACAAGUGCACAUGACAACCAGAGUCUCGACUCAGGACCAGAGGGACCAGACGAACCUGAAACAGCAGGAAACUCUCCUUCAGACAAUGAGGCAGCUAACAACAACAGCUCGAAUGACAAGGAACAAGAAGACACUCCUAAGAAUAGCUCUGAGGGCGAGUGCGAUGAUCGGGCAGCUGUGAUCAACGAGAGUGACACUGAGUGGAGGAGUGAGCAGAAGCACAAAGAGGACCAGAGCCCUGAAAAUGACAACAACAACAGGGUCACCAGCCACAAACAGGAAGACCUUAUCGAUCCAGAAGGAAACCAACUACAGGACGUGGCUGAGAGCGAGGACUCUGAGCAGGUGGACACCUUCUUCAGCACAAUGAGUCACAGAUUUAGUGAUAUAAACCUGGACGACGACAAUGGUAUCCCAACACAAGAGUUUUUGGACUCAUGCUAUGCAAUAGUACCAGUAUUAGACAAAUUGGGGUCUACAGUGUUUGCACCAGUUAAAAUGGACUUUGUUGGAAACAUUAAGAAGAUACAUCAGAAGUUGAUGUCAGACCCAGACAACUUCCCAACCCUUCAGUCCAUUGUUCUGCAUGAGGUAGAGAGGGAGGUGGCGCAGGUGCGCAACUCGGCCACAGAGGCGCUGUUGUGGCUGCGGAGAGGACUCAAAUUUCUCAUGGAGUUUCUGUUAGAAGUGAACACAGGGCAGCAGGACAUCCAGAGAGCACUAAAUAAUGCCUAUGGGAAAACCCUUCGACGGUACCAUGGAUGGGUUGUCAGAGGGGUUUUUGCGUUGGCCCUGAGAGCUGCCCCAUCGUAUGCAGGUUUCACAGCUGCCCUAGUGAACAGAGAAGGUGAUGAGCUGAAGAGCAGCUUCACCAGCGGCAUGCACAGAGAUUUAGGAGUCUACCUGCCUGCCAUGGAGAAGCAGCUGACCAUUUUAGAUGCCUUGUAUGAAGAAUACAACCUGGAGUCUGAUGAAGUUGUGUGAAAUCAAUAAUCCGGAUUUAGGGUAGGGAAGAAUUUUAAAAGACCAGACUUGAGCAAGCUGUUGAGCAACAGCUUGGAGGCAAGUAUAUGUCUUCUCAGGUAUCACACCUGGAGGAGAUUCAUAUCUGCAGUAGUACACAGGGGCUUUGCCAAGCAACAGGUAAAUUGUCAGGUCUUUUUAAAAGGGCAGUGUCAGAAUGUAUGCAGUGGUUUACAUGUUUAUAAUGCAAUCUGUGGCAUCCACUGCUACUGGGUGUGAAGCUCACUUUACUAAUAAUACAAUUAUUACAAAGUACCAUACUUUGCUGCAUUUGGUGUUUUUUAUUGUUGCUUUAUUAAUAAUAAAAUAGUCAACAAAGCAACUCAACAUUCUGUGGACAAGCCUGGCAUGUUGAAACUGUAAACAUAGUAUGGGACCAAACAGUGUGGGCUGGACACUUAGGUCCGGACACUGAUGUUACUGAACAUCGCUGCACAAACCUAUGCAGAGUAGGCCUCAUAUCGUCUAUUUAUUAUCAGUAAGUUUACAUUUACAGUCCAUCAUCAUGAUGGGUGAUCGACCAUUUAUUUAAACUGUUUCUUGCUUAAGUAAAGUGUGUCUCCAUCCACUUAUGGACUUAAACAUAAAUGUAUACUGUGCAUUUUCCACCUUUGUGUGUUGGCCUUGUGUCACUGAGCCAUUCAAACAAACUACAGUUUGUAAGUUUUUUAUAUGAAGAAAAUGUUUUAACCUUAUUUUUUCCUUUGGCCUUUAUUGGUCAUUUAUUAUUUCACUACAAGCAGUCAGCUAUACGAAACUGACAACCUAAUUCAUAACUCUGCAGUUGGGUGAUUCAUUUGUAAAAAAUGUUAUAAUUCAAAGGGUUUCUUUGAAUGUAUAAAAGAUCAAAUCUGGUGUAAUAAAUCUAUAAUAUUUUA